AUGAACAUUUCUUUAAAGAAAAGAUGGGAAAUAGUCUUUUUAUCAAAGCACGAGCGUGGUCCACACAUGUCAAAUGCUGAUAUUUCACGAUAUUUACAAAUUGAUGAGUCGACUGUGCGACUUUGGCUUAAAAGAUAUGAAACAACUGGUGACGUAGAAGUUAUACAAAAAUCUGGUCGUAAACGAUCUACAACGGAAAAACAAGACACGAUAAUUCAAUCGAUGGUAGCUCAACAUCCAACCGAAUCUGUUGGUCAAAUUGCGUAUAGAUUAUCAAAGAAAGGUAUAAAAACUAGUGAAACCACAUUAAGAAGAAGAUUUGAAGAGGCUGGUGUACAAUCAAUGAAACCAACUUCCAAACCACUGCUAACUAAUGACGAUAUUAAAAAAAGACUCCAGUGGGCUAUAAAACACAAAGAUGUUGAUUGGAAUCAAAUUGUUUUUACAGAUGAAAGUUCAUUUCAUAUGAAACAAGUGAUAAGACGUGUGUGGAAAAAGCGUAGUGAAAAAUAUUAUGUUUCAACAACCAAACAUCCUGUCAAGGUUCACGUUUGGAGUUGCUUCAGCAAAAAUGGAUUUGGAAAGCUGGUAUUAUUUAGACAAACAUUGAAUUCAAAGCUUAUGUGCAAAAUUUACCAGAAUGGACUCCUAACCUCAGUAAAAAAAUGGUUUGGUGAUAAUAGCAAUCAUUGGAAACUUUUAGAAGAUAAUGAUCCGAAACAUACCUCAAAAACGAGUAAAACGUUUAAGGCCAACAAUGGCAUGCAAUCAUUACCCUGGCCAUCGCAAUCUCCAGACUGUAACCCGAUCGAAAAAAUAAGGAAGACAAAAGAGUUGUUUUAUUAUAUUUUAUUUACAAAAUCUACAUUAUAUGUACAUCAUCCUAAUAAUUGA